GAAACCAUUAAGUAUAAAAGCUGGUUGAUUAUAGGUGAAAUUUGGCAGCGCAUAUAUGUAUAAAAUGCUGAAUUGGAAACUUAAACGUUUUACAGCGUGAUGGUUUAAUACUGUGUCACAAUAAUUACAUAACGCUGACGCCAUUCAAAGCGACAACAAAGCCUUCUUCUUGACCUCGUUUGGUGAGAUAAACAUCGUGUCUUUAUCAAAUUUUUAAGAGCGUGGAUACACCAUAUAUUUGUCAAAUGCCAUAUCGACGAUUGGGUAUAGCAUUUGCAUGCGAAGAUGACAGUCUGUUGACAAUCGACAUUAACUAGAGAAGAUAUAAAAGAUUUGUGACGAUGGUGGCAAUUAGUCUCAUUGUAUUAUUUGUAUUUAUAAAUUUUCCUGAACCAAGUGAAAACUGCGACACGAAACUUGAUGUCAUUUAUAAAGAAUAUAACUGUAAUUGCUCCAUACCGACCAACAAAUUGCCAGAAAACUGUACAGAGAUAAGAAAACAGAUUACUGAACAGUAUAAUGCGUAUGCUAAGGAUAAACGAGAAAAUGAUUACGGAUGGGUUUACGUGGCAACCAUACCUGUAGGAUCAGCAGGAAUCCUUUUUAACGCACUUCUAAUAUUGGUGAUCCUUUGUGAUCCCUUGAAGAUUCUUCAUCGUGGAGCGUGGAUGACAAUCCUAAGUCUUUCCAUAUCUGACACGAUGGCUUGUUCAGCAAGGGUCGCAUCUUCAGUUAUUGUAAAAUGGUGGGACUUUGACCUAACUGAAAAAUCAAGAAUUUAUACAGAGUUCUUCUGGCAGUUUGGUGUAAAUGGCUCAUUCUUGUCUCUUACGCUCCUCACUCUCCAGACUUUCAUGAUCGUCAAAUAUCCCGUAAAAAGCCGCCUUGCCAUGUCAAGUGGAAGAGUUGUGUUCAUGAUUGGAAUUUUGUGGGUUGUAUCGUUAGGACUCGCACUGCCAGAAAUCGACGACAUUUCUAAGGAUACGAGAAAGUAUUUUUUCGUGGCUACUGUCUCCGUUUUGGAAAUGGCUACAUUAGUUCAGAUCAUAGUGAAGAUAUUAAUAAUACGAGAAAUUCUCUCACCCAGUGAAGCAUUAAGAAGCGGUAUCCAACACAAGUAUCAAAGAGAAGUGGCCAAAACCGUCAUAAUACUUAUUUUCAUUCUCAUUGUUACAGCACUUCCAUAUUUUAUUGCCAAACAGAUUGAGUACAUAAGAAGAAUUAAGGACGGAUCAUAUAAUUUGACCAUUAAGUUUCCAUAUUACUACGAGCCCAUUGCCAUUGCCAAUUUUGUGGCCAAUCCAAUAGUUUAUUCUUUUCGUCUACGAGAUUAUCGCAAAAGUUUACUCUUCUUAUUCUUCCAUUAUAAAAAAAACAAAAAUCACGCUCCUCUGAUUAAUCAGAGCAAUAAAACAAUGGUCACAAAAGUGUAAAGCAGCUGUAUGAUUCACGUUGACAGGUCUACUGAGGUUGAUGUGAUGUCUCUACUGAAUUUAAUGAAACAACUCUUGUUGACGUUAUUAUCUAAUGUUUUUCGUAUGGUGUAAGCCACAUUCAUUAUAUAUUUGCACUUGAGGCGCUAUGAUGUUGCCAAAAUACGUUUAUAAUAUAUUUAUGCUGCAGGUAACGAUAGCAAUACAUUAUUUGCUACAUCGUUUUAAAAGAUCAGAGACUUUUAAACAAAAAGGAAACUGAUAAAUCAUAAUUUUUUAUUUGGUGUGGGAUGAAACACAGAUACGGAUGGCACAAAUACGGGUGAGGCGAUAAAACAUGGAUGAUGGGAUAAAACACGGGAUAAAACACGGAUCUUAUUGAAAUUUUAUUUCUUUUCAAGUGGUGUUGUUUAGCAAAAAUAGUAUGAAGACGUUGUGCAUUAACAUUUUAUGCUUGUGUUUAAAUUGUUUCAUGUACCAAAAUGUGGGAAAGUAAAACUAUAAUGUUUUAAACAUCACUCAAAAAAUUAUUCGUAAAAUUUAUCUUGCAUGAUAAUAGUUAGCAUAUAGCUGAACUCUCCGCCAAAGACAUUAUCCAGACAUGGUUUUUCUCCUGAGAAAGUGUACCUAUAAUGUUGCAGGUUGCAAGUUAAAUGUUGUCGGUAAAGUGAAGUUGAUUCACAGUUUUUAAAAAAGUUUUUUUUUUGUAGAAAAAGAAGUUAAUACUUAAUUCUCGAGAGCUCUUUA